AUGGCAAGUCAGCGUGACAAGACACCAGACAUCGCCAGUCAGCGUGUCAAGACGCCAGAUACCGCCAGUCAGCGUGACAAGAUACCAGACACCGCCAGUCAGCGUGACAAGAUACCAGACACCGCCAGUCAGCGCGACAAGACACCAGACUCCGCCAGUCAGCGCGACAAGACACCAAACACCGCCAGUCAGCGCGACAAGACACGAAACACCGCCAGUCAGCGUGACAAGACACCAAAAACCGCCAGUCAGCGUGACAAGACACCAGACCCCGCCACACAGCGUGACAAGACACCAAACCCCGCCACACAUCGUGACAAGACACGAUACACUGCCAGUCAGCGUGACAAGACACCAAACAUCGCCAGUCAGCGCGACAAGACACCAGACACCGCCAGUCAGCGCGAAAAGACACCAGACACCGCCAGUCAGCGCGACAAGAUACCAGACACCGCCAGUCAGCGUGACAAGAUACCAGACUCCGCCAGUCAGCGUGACAUAAUACCGGAUACCGCAAGUCAACGCGACAAGAUACCAGACACCGCCAGUCAGCGUGAAAAGAUACCAGACACCGCCAGUCAGCGUGACGUGAUACCAGACACCGCCAGUCAGCAUGACAAGAUACCAGACACCGCCAGUCAGCGUGACAUGAUACAAGACACCGACAGUCAGCGUGUCAAGACACCAAACACCGCCAGUCAGCGUGACAUGAUACCAGACACCGCAAGCAAAUAA